AUGUACGUCCUCCUCAUGUUGUGCCGUUUUCUGUUUCGCUACUUCCAAGGGACUGCCAAGGAAAGGCCGGCGAAAAUAAUGUCAGACAAAAAGUUUUUCGUUGCAUUGGCUGUUGUCUUCAUUUCCACCGCCGCCUUUAACGCCUACCGCUAUGUUCAGUCGUUUUAUGGCGGGAAGGACUAUCAACUGCAGUUUCCUGAUAACAACACAGCUCUGAAAGAAUUCAUCAUGUCCCACACAGUGUCUGUCCUAAACUCGGUAAGUUAAAAAGGCCUUAAUCUUUUUAUUAUACAUAUGUGUCGACUUUCCAGUCCGAUUCUUAUAUGCUUGCGUUUUCCUACUUGGUCUACCCAGCAAUUGUUCUGGUCGGAACAUUUUGCACUGUGCAAUGCUACCGUUUCCAACACAAUCCAGAAAAUCGUAUCAAUGGGCGAACCAAGCGGAUGUAUUCAGUCCUAAUCACCGGCCUGGCUAUUGAACAAGCCGCCGAGGUUGUUUGGUAUAUGGUGCCUUACUUGGCAAUUGUUGUAAUUGCGCCAUACAGGAAAAAAUUUGUUCUUUUCCAUAUCACGUAUCGCUGGUUCUACGCCUAUCCAACCUUCCAGAUGAUUUUUACAUUGAUGUUUUACCGCCGUUAUCGGGUGGCGGCGAUGGCGAUUUGGGCGGAUGUCGGUGCAUAUAUCAACUCGGCCUCUGUUUCUGUAAUGUCAUCAGACAAUGGGAGCGAGGGUUAG